AUGGCUGCCAACGAGCUCUCGCCGUACCUGCUCCUGCUACUUCUGCUCGCCCUACCACUCGUCGUCCUCGCGCUGCUGGCCCGUGCACAUGGGAGAGAUGACACCCGGAGCCCGCUCAGCAGGCUCGUCCCCCCGGGGCCGUGGGCGCUGCCGGUCAUCGGCCACCUGCACCACCUCGCCGGGGGUGCGCCCCCGCACCGCGCCCUGCGCGACCUCGCACGGAGCUACGGCCCUCUCAUGGCCCUCCGCCUGGGGACCCUCCCCGUGGUGGUGGCCUCGUCCCCGGACGCUGCGCGCGAGGUCACCAGGACCCACGACGUCGCCUUUGCGUCGCGGCCCAUCACGCCGGCGCUGCGGUUCCUCUACCGCGGCGCGGAGGGCAUCAUCUUCGCGCCCUACGGCGACGGGUGGCGGCAGAUGCGCAGGGUCUGCACCCUCGAGCUCUUCAGUGCCCGCCGCGUCCGCUCCUUCCGCGCCGUGCGCGAGGACGAGCUCGGUCGCCUCCUCCGCGCCAUCGCGAUGGCCACGGCCGCGGGGGCACCGGUGAAUCUGACCCAGCAGAUAUCGCGCUUCCUCACCGACUCCGCAGUGCGCGCCAUCGUCGGCUGCCGGAGGGAGCACCGCGACGAGUUUUUGCGGAUGAUGGAGGAGGCGCUCAAGAACCUUACCCGCUUUAGCCUACUGGACUUCUUCCCGCCGUCACGCCUCACCACGCUCGUCAGCCGCGUGUCCCGCAUGAUAGAGCGCCGCCGCCGCGCCAUGCGGUCGGAAGUUCCAGAUAUGGACGCCAUCUUGUACUCCAUCAUCCAGGAGCACCAGGAGAGGAGAGACGCUGCUGCUGCCGCUGCCGCUGCCGCUGCUGGCGUACAAGACGAUGACGAUGAGGACUUGCUUGACGUGCUCCUAAGGCUGCAGAAGGACAUGGACUCCCAGUACCCUCUCACCACCCUCAACAUCAAGUCUGUCAUCAUGGACUUGUUAUCUGCCGGUGGCGAGACGGCGUCGACGGCGUUGCAGUGGGCAAUGAUCGAGCUGAUGAGGAAUCCGGCGGCGAUGCGGAAGGCGCAAGACAAGGUCCGGAAGGUACUCGCCGGACAGAGCAAGGUGACGGAGGACUGCCUGACCAACCUGCACUACCUGCGGCUAGUCAUCAAGGAGACGCUCCGGCUGUACCCGCCGGCGCCGCUGCUGCUGCCACGGGAGUGCCGCAGCGCGUGCCAGGUGCUCGGAUACCACGUCCCGCAAGGCGCAAUGGUGCUCGUGAAUGUGUGGGCGAUAGGUCGGGACCCGGCGCACUGGGACGAGCCGGAGGAAUUUGUGCCGGAGAGGUUUGAGCACUGUGGAAGGGACUUCAGGGGGGCGGACUUCGAGUACAUCCCGUUCGGUGCUGGAAGAAGGAUAUGCCCUGGCAUGGGCUUAGGUCUGGCGCACGUUGAGCUCGCGCUCGCGGCACUGCUGUUCCAUUUCGACUGGGAGCUGCCGGAAGGGAUGGUUGCUGAGGAGAUGGACAUGACGGAGGAAGCAGGGAUCACCUUGCCGCCACGGUCGGACCUGGUGUUGGUUGCUAUACCUAGGGUGCCUGUGCCGAUUGACUAA